CUCUCUCUCUCUCUGGGGGUGUGGUGAUGAUGAUGAUGAUCCUGUAUUUUGGGGCUUUUCCAGAAAAAGAAGCUGAUUCAGAGCCGGACUCUGAGCAGGAGGACCGCGGCCAGUGAAGCUGAUCUGCCGGGUACGGUGAGACCUGGGGCCCCGGGAAGGAGAAUAGGGACAAGUCACCAUCCUGGGACAGAUAGCGGCUCCCAGACCGGCCCGCGGGGACAUACGGGAUGGGGGACGAUUAAGGUGUCCCCUCCGAACUCUAUGGACUCCCCAUGUCCCUCUCUAUAUACCUUACACUCAUUUUAUUCUCAUGGGGUAACAUUUCUCAUAUCCAGUCAUUGCCCAGAAACGUAUUAUUGUUACAGAUUAAUAGUUAAAGGGAUUAUUCUGUGUGUGAAAGAAAAUGUCCACUUGUCAUUAUUGAAGUUACAGCUGUAAGCAAGUAUAAAGUGUGAUUUCACUAUGGGUUGUAUGUGAGUAGUAAUGAAUACAGUAUUCUGUUUGAUAGAACUCUGGGAUGUUAGUAUCUCUUAGUGGCUCAUUAGACACUCAUGGCUGAUGUUUGGCAAGUAGACCACAUCAGUUGGAGUGCCCUAGGCUAGCCAUCACUGUCCAUGGGUUAUAAUCUCAGAUUAUCCAAGUAGGGGUUAUUACCCUAAAUCAGGGGUACCCUAAAGGUAGAUCCCCAGAUGCUGUAGAACUCCCAUGAUUCUUUGCAUGCUUUUAGAAUGACAAAACAUCAUGGGAACUGUAGUUUUAAAACAUCUGGGGAUCUACCUUUUGGGCACUCCUGCCAUAAUGUCUGUGGGCUAUUUCACUGCAUUAAUUCUGCUCUCAGUAUUUGUGGGUAACUAAUUGGAUGUUGUUGUCGUUUUUAUGUUUGUCUCCCUAGGGCUACUUAUUUCUUUGGUAUUUUCAUCGACACCUCGUCAACUAAUCCGAAAAUGCUGGGCGUUGGGUUUCUGUUAGUAAUGCUGUCCUUAGUGAUAUCCUCUGCUCCGUACCCCUUCCUCGGUGCACGCUGCCCUGCUCGCUGUGACCAAUCCUCGUGUGCCCCAGCGCCUGCUGGCUGCGCGUCUGGAGAGACUGCUUUGCACUGUGGCUGCUGUCCUGUGUGCGCAGCAGCAGAGGGCGAACGCUGCGGAGAGGGUGCUGGUGAUCCACUGUGCGCUACGGGGCUACGUUGUGUUAGAAGUGCAGGUACCGGUGGUCAACGGACAUGUCAAUGCCCAACUUCUCAACCAGUGUGUGGAAGUGACGGUAAAACCUACAGCAACGUGUGCAAGCUACAGACAGAAAGUCGAUUGGUUCAGGCCAAGGGGUCAGCAUCUAUUAUUCCUAUCCAGAGAGGGGACUGUCUGCAAGGUAAGCCACGCAACCUGAUUCUCAAGAACAUCACAACACUAAGAAAUGACAGUUUUAUAACUUUUUGAAACUUGUUUUAUUGCUUUCCCUAAGUUUAAAGGGUAAUCCAGACGUGGACCCCUUGCGCGCGGUGCCUAGAGGGAUAUCAGUUAUACAUCACUGACUAUGCCUAACAAGGUUAAAACGAUCAGCUGAGGUUUCUGUAUCUUUAGUGCCAAGAGAGCCGGAUUGCAUUUUUGAUCUGGGCCACCUAUUUGGGUGGGAUCAGUCUGAUUUGGAAAAUGCCUGGUUCUUUUUGUAAUUGCACAAGAUGAAUUAAAACCAGCUUGAGAUCUGAGCCAGGAUCUACCGAAGGGCAGGCUAACUGAACUGUUGUCCAUUCUCUGUACUCUCUUGCAACUUGUUUUUUUUUUUUUUAACUUCUUCAAUAAUGAUAGUUCUAUAUAUGAGGUAAUUGUUAUGGAAAAAAAAUAGAAUCAGUUGGAACAUUCUAUUUGUUUCCCAUGCUGAUCAUCCCAUUUGUAGAAGUUUCUGCAUGCAAUCCACCCCCAUGUAUAGAGGUACAAGUUGUGGGUGAGCUAAAACGUAGGCUAUCCAUUCAUUUGCUAAUAUAAAAUGAAAUGACUAAACUAUGAAUCAAGGAACACAAUGUAAAUAUCUGACUCUUCCAAACAAAAUCUAUUUUUUUGUGAAUAACUGAACUGCCAUUUCAGCAUCAGUGUGUGAUUUGGAAGGCGGUGGGGGAAUAUUUGCAAACUCAAAAAAAUUACACUGUUUGACAAUGUCGUGCUACAAAAUUGGCACCCAAUACAUAGUUCUUAGAUGUCCUCACAAUGACACAUACACUGCAUUGUAAAUCUGACCACAGGGUUGCCAGAUGUCUUUUUAUUUAACUGAGGAUACUUAUAAGAAUUGAGCAGGAUAUUAAAAUCAUUCAUGCACUGUAUACCAUGUGAUAAAUACAUAGCAUUCUCGAAUAUAAGGGAGAUCUAAUUAUUAUAUAAAAUACAACAUGUGGAGAGACACUUAGUAUAAUUGCUACCACAAUUAUGGGUGCUAUUCCAAGAAGGUACUCCCUUCAAUACCAAUAUAGCAAAUAUUCAAAAAGAAAGGAAUGCACACCAACUAAUACAAUAAUGUAUAUCUAUAUAUAUUUUAUUACAAUACAAAUCCAAGUCUCACAUAAAAAAUGUAACAGUGACCAAAGAGGCAAAAAAAGUUUAACAAUAUAUUUACCAAAAUUCCACAAGCCUAUAUGGGCAGAAACACGAGUCACAAAUAAUCCCCCAACGUUUCGGCUCCUCCUGGUAGCCUUUAUCAAGGCUUUUUUUGCCUAUUUGGUCACUGUUACAUUUUUUAUGUGAGACUUGGAUUUGUAUUGUAAUAAAAUAUAUUUAGAUAUACAUUAUUGUAUUAGUUGGUGUGCAUUCCUUUCUUUUUGAAGAUCUAAUUAUUAUACCCAGUUUGAUAACAUGUAAGUAUAUGGUUGUGUAAAUGUAUCCUUCAAUCUUCAUUUCAUUUUAAAGGGACACUUCAGGGUGGAGUUUGCUACUUAUUUUAUGAAAUACGUUAUAGAGAUCUUGAUUAAAAUAAAUAACAUACUGCAUGCCUACCAGUUGUAGUAAAUGCUAAACCCUGAUCCUUUCCUUAUUACAUCCUCUUCAUCAAGAAAUUGCCCUCUCUCGUUCUGUCCGCUAAUCCAAGUCCUAUCGGAUGUUUCUAUGGGAGAAAUGUAUAUUUCCCCUAGUCCUCUGCUAUGCAAAUCAGGAGUGUUUGGAAACUUUCGCAAUAGAACUGGUCAGAAAGCCACCUUCAUCAUAGAACAUGAAUGAAAAUGUUAUUUAAUCAUCAUAAAAAUGUUGCUUUUAAGAAAAUCAGGUUUUAGAAUGUCGAUUGUCACUAACUCACAUUUUGUGAAUUAAAUCCAGCUGAUUUGGAGAAAUGAUCCAAUUAUACUAAAGUCAUGACAUUAUUUUAUAACCUUAGUGUUUUAUAUGUGAAGUCUAAAAUGCUGAGUUUCCUGGAUAACCCUGAAAGUAAUAUUACUUUUAUUAAAAAGCUAUUAUGUUGGCCUGUCUUAUUACAUUGUGGGGUACAGUGGUAUGCCCCCCAAUGGAGAUGCCAUGGACUGUAUCCCACAUCACUUUCAGCUAAUGGAGAGGGACAAAAGCUGCAACAUGCAUCUUAAGUGCCAUGCAGCAUUGCUGAAACAAAUCUUGUAAUUUUUUACCAGUUAUUUUGAAUGGAAAGCCAUUUUCAAAAUCUAGUCUUAAGGGGUUGGAAGAUGUACGUUACACAGCAGGUACAUACAUGGAGUUUGAAUCAUUUUGUUCUGCUUUGCUAUGGAAAACGAAAUCUAAUAAAUAAGCUGGUUUUACCGCUAUGGCUUUAGUCAUUCCUACUACCAAGUGAAGAAGUAAUGUAAAAUGCAUGUUCAAUAUAAGAAACAGGUGCUGAUGGAGGGGGAGACUAGGUAAUACCUAAGCAUAUGUGCAGGUUGCAAUGUCUUAUACAAAACAGAAUUCUCCAGUUUUAGCCAGGAAAUAAUUUGCCCUCUCUGUGCACUAUGCCAACAAUAAUUGUCAAAAUGUUUAUAAGCUACUGGAAUUUUGGGAAUCUACAUUUCCCAAAAUGCUAGCAUAUUCCUUUAAAUAGCCACAAGCAGGUUAUUUGACGAUUUGGAUACCAAACAUGUGUUCUAAAUUAUGUUUAAUUUUCUGUCUACUUUUUCAGCAGAAUUUCAAAACCAAUAACACAGUAUAUUUUCUAACAAAAAGUACUGAUAUCACAACAAUGUGCCAAGCAGGGGGCCAGGCCUGUUAUGCACAAGAGGGCAUAGAACUGGGGGUCAGUGCACCAUAACAACUACAGCGGGUUAAACUAGUUAUGGUGCUUAGAAUGCCCCUGUAAUGUUCUUGACAAUAAGAACUAUAGAUUUUUGCAAUGCCACUAUAGCUACUGUAGAACAAUUUUAAUUUCAAUAGCUCAUUGUCCCUCAUUACAUUAUGGUGCCAGGAGUGCCUUGGCGCUCCCAAUUUUAAAAAGUCAAACAGUUUUUAAAUGGUUUGAUUUCUUAGCUGGGUACGUCACCAGGCAGAGAUCCACGCUGUGGUGCAACACUAAUCAGGAAGACUCCCAAUCCCUUGAAAUAUACGAAAUGUAGAGAACAGAUGUUCAAAAUGCAGACCUAACUACAGUAGAAUGGCAAGAGCCUUUCUCAAGCCAGGAGAAUAAGGUCUGUGCUGCAGGGCUUAGCUCAGCAGAACUAAUGGAAAUUCCUGCUCAGAAACUUAUGGCUCUCCAAUAUUGGUGAGUAAGGAGGAGAGCAAUGUCCGGUGGACCCCCAUAAUUAGUCAAAACAUAAAAAAAUUGUAUUACUCCUUACAAUGGGUGGGGGGUACGGUGCUCGGAGAGUUUCAUUAAUUAAGGUGACCAUAAUGAUCCGUCAUAUUUGCCAUUAAUGAUCCCUCAUAUUUGCCAUACACCUGAGAUAUAUCCUUUAGGGUAGUAAUGAUACUGUGUCAAUGGAGCCAUGCGGUUUUCUUUAUAAAGACUGUAAUAAAAUGUGAAGUAGCCACCCUUCAGUCUGUAGCACACACAGUCUCUUUAUUUCAUUUCUCUCCAUUUCUCACAGGACAGAAAGAUCCAGACAGCCCGCGGUACAAAUACAACUUCAUCGCUGAUGUCGUGGAGAAGAUCGCACCAGCUGUUGUGCACAUCGAACUUUUUCGCAUGUAAAGUACUCUGUUGGGAUGUGUUAAACAUAGUUCAGAUCGGGACAUGAUAACCAUAAAUGGCACACAGGAUGUUUUCACUGCAGAUCACAUAUGGGUUAUGUAAACCUCUGUCCCAUUAUUAUUUAUAUAGAAUGUUCACUGUAAACUGCGUUGGUCAACAAGAUUUAUCGUGUUUAGGCAUGUGUAUCCAGAGACACAGCCUUUAAAACUUCAGUUCUUGGUAUAUCAAGGCUCCCUGUCAGUAUCCGCCUAUUGCUAAUGGGCUUUUUAAUAGCUCUAUAUAUAGAUUUCUUUUUAUUUCUACAUGUUUCAGAUGUUCAUAUUAUCUGUUAGAUAAGAUUUUUGUUGGGCGUUUAUUCCGUAUACUAAUUUUCCAGCUUGGCUAUUUUGUCCUAAAAGCUACAGUCCGUCCUCUUUUGUUUAUUCUCUAUAAUUCCCAGUUUAGAGAAUAAAGCCAUUGUGUCUCUAAUUUUCACAUUCUGUUCAAAUAGUUUGCAGCCUCCAGUCCUCGUUGUUGAACUGUAAGCAUAUUGCUUAGUGAUGCAGAAUGUCAUUUAUUUGAUUAUAUAAUAAUUAGAAAAGUUCUAGGCUAGGCAAUGUACCUCAGUGGUCCAAAAUGACAGAAUUUAAUGGUGCUGGAAUCAGCCGUGGCUUUCUACAAGCUAGUCAGCAGCAUUAUUUCUCAGGUGUCCUCUUUGCUUACAUAUGUGAUGGUGGUUGCCUUUUUGGGGGAUAGCCUCAGUCAUUUAAUUGAAAUAUUACACCACCAAAAGGUCCAGAAUUGUGUCGCUAAAUUCACCUUGAAUUUGCACAAAAAGUAAUUUUUAGUCCAAAAUAGCAGUAUUCAAAGAAACCCUUAUUAUCCAGUAAAUAUUACUAGUAAGGGUUGGUUGGUGUUGGUGGUACACCCUAGGUCUUAACCCUAAUUAACUUGGAAUAAUUCGAUUUAGAGAAAUCCCAAAGGAAGACCCCUAGAUUGGUAUUUAUACGGAACACUUCACAGUCCUAAGAGUAAAUUCAGCGUGAAGGAAAGUAGAUACAAUUUGGUAACAGAGUAAUUCACUGUGUUACUUUUUCAGUAAUUUAUUAGGCUUUAUUUAUUAAUUGCCCAAAUGAAAACUGACAUAAAGUGUAACUCUGUUUACCAAUUAGAUUAGGGUGUCUGUUAAAGGGACACUAUAGUCACCUGAACAACUACAGCUUAAUGUAGUUGUUCAGGUGAGAUCUAUAGCUCCCUGCAGGCAAUCUAAUGUAAACACUGUAUUUUCAGAGAAAAUACAGUAUUUACAUUGAUUGAUAGGAAUACCUCCAGUGGCCAUCACUCAGACGGCCACCAGAGGGACUUCCUAUCAUGUAAGGCCCUAAAAAGGCCUUGUACAUGUCACAUGUAUUAAAAUACGUCUGACAUGUGCAGGAGAGAGAAGGCACUGUGCGCGCGCCUUCUCUCUCCUGCCUGUCAGCAGAGGAGAGGGGGCGGGCAAAGACCGCAAGCUGAGCUGUCAGUCAGCUCAGCUCGCAUGCGCGGUAGUGCGCUCAGGACUUCAGAGGGUGGCAUGAAUGCCGCCCUAUGAAGUAUGUGUGCAUGUGCGGUGAAAUUGAAGCGUCUGAUUGCUCCAUGCUGGCACCCGCCUAUUUUGUCAUUUUGAUGAAAUAGGGGGCGCGGCUUCACAAGGCUCCCAGCACUGGAACCAGGUGAGUAAAAUCCUCUGCCUGGAGAGUCCCUUUAAGGUAAUGGGAGUAUCACAAAUCCUUCUAAAGAAUAUGCAUCAGACUUCCACUCCUGGACCUGUUCUAUAGGAGUAGAAUACAAUUUUCUAGUUCAAUCCCAAAGUGGGGUCUAAUCUAAACAAAAUUGGAAAGGGAGAGAUCACUAAACAAUUACUUACCGUACAGACAACCUAAAUGUGGAUUUAAAGAAAGUAUUGCCACAUUAAGGAUGAUGCUGAUUAGAGAGAGGGGAGUAGGGAUAGCUAUUAGAAGUCAUAAUAUCAGUCUCCUUUAAUCCAUUUUUCCACUAUAUCAAAAUUGGCUCUGAUUGGUGCCCCAUGUUGGAACCCAUAUCCCUUCGUUCCUUUUUUACAUAUAACAGGACUUAAAAUUUCCACUCGUCACUAGCCAGUGGAAAAUGGUGAGUGAAAAUGUAACACUGGUAAGUAGACAUUAAAGGGACACUAUAGUCACCAGAGCAACUACAGCUUAUUGAAUUUGUUCUGGUGAGUAGAAUCAUUACCUACAGUCUUUUUGCUGUAAACACGGUCUUUUCAGAGAAAAUGCAGUUUUUACAUUACAGCCUAGUGAUAACUUCACUGGCCACUCCUCAUAUGGCUGUCAGAGAUCCUUCCUGGGUCAUGGCUGCCUAAAAUGCAUCCAAACAUUCAGUAUCUCCUCCCUCUGCAUGCAGACACUGAACUUUCCUCCUAGAGAUUCAUUGAUCCAAUUCAUCUCUAUGAGGAGAUUCUGAUUGGCCAGGGCUGUGUUUUAAUCAUGCUGGCUCUGUCCCGAUCUGCCUCUUUGUCAGUCUCAGACAAUCCUAUGGGGAAGCAUUGUGAUUGGAUCAGGCUACCACUUCUGCUGAUGUCGGCAGGCAGUGGGCAGGUCUAAAGGAAACAGGCACAAAGCAUGCAGCUGCAGACUUAAAUACAAGUAAGAUUUACUAUAUUUAGAGAGGCAUGAGGGGACCAGAGUGGCUAGAUGGUGGCUUUAACCCUAUAGGGUCAGAAAUACAUGUUUGUGUUCCUGACCCUAUAGUGCUCCUUUAACCCUUAGGGUGUGACAUGAACCCUAUAAACUUGCAGUAGCGAGUAACAUUUAAAGCCUGGCUAGCAGUGUAGGACCUAAAAUGUUAAGCCCUGCAUACAAUACAUAGUAUUCUAAGGGUUGUGAACUUUUGGCAUACAGGAGUGUGUAAGAGAUCACCAAAGCAAUACAGAUUACUAAGUGCAUAAUUAAAGUGCCGUAUUUGUGUUCAGAAAUUGUCUUGGACCAUCAACACUGCAUUUGGUUCUAAGAGUAGAAUUAUCUGUCAUUGUGUUCAGGGUAGAAUGAAACACAGGUUUGAGGCUUUAAUAGGUAAGUAAUGAAAAUACUUGGUUCUUACUCUAAAUUUCAAUUACCCGUAGCCAUCAGUAGGCCAUGAGGUCACCUAUAAUGCUCCAGAAUAGCUCUGUUUUUAGACAGACAUCAAACUGCCAAAACAAAAUGUCCCUUUUUGCCCAUUUGAAAAUUACUGAGGCAUGGUUAUACACGUGUCAUAGAGCGCCCAAUGGAAACUCUGGAUAUCUAAAUCUAUUUUCUGUAGAUAAAUUAGCAUUUGUACAUAUUGCUUUUUCCAGGCUUCCUAUCUUCAAGCGUGAAUUCCCGGCUGCAAGUGGAUCUGGCUUCAUUGUAUCGGAAGAUGGCUUAAUCCUUACUAACGCCCACGUGGUUACAAACAAACAUCGACUGAAGGUGGAGCGAAGCGAUGGGUCAACUUACGACGCCAAAAUUAUUGAUGUGGAUGAAAAGGCAGAUAUUGCCCUCAUCAAAAUCAAUCCAAAGGUAUUCAAACCAAGUGUUUGAUUUGUUAUUGUUAAAAUUAGAUAUCCAGACAACAUGCUCCUAUUUCCACAGUAUGAUAGUAGCAGUGCAACAAUAACUUCAAGCCUGGUUUAAUUGUGUUAUUCUGGCAGCCGUGUCUGUCACUUACUAGAAACACUUUCAUGAUAUUUUGCUUCAUAUUGUGUUUUUUCCCAGUAAAGUUAUGUUUAAUCACAAAAAAUAGAAAUGUUGUAACUAAAAAAAAGUUAAAGAAAUAGUUUCACCCCUUUCAUGCUUUAGCGCAAACAGCCUUUAACCCCUUAAGGACCGAACUUCUGGAAUAAAAGGGAAUCAUCACAUGUCACACAUGCCAUGUGUCCUUAAGGGGUUAAACUUCUGUUAACACUCAAAAUGCCUUUGGCUAUUCAUUCUCUGCUUGGGUUGGUUAACCAUGUUCUCUUUAUCUUUAUUAGUGACAAAAAAGUUUAGUUUUUUUUUUUUACUCUUUCUGAACUGAACAGCUACGAUUCUUUUUCUUUUCUUAAUAGGCUUGUGCAUUGUGUAAGAAUUCUGCACAGCCACACAGUGACGGAUCCAGAACUUAAUCUCGGAUGGGGCACUGGCAGGUUAUUUAAAGGAACACUCAAGGCACAAUAACUGUAGUGGUUAUUGUGUCAGGAGUGCCCUCGCAGAGUAAGUAGUCAAACCGUUUAAGAACUGUCUGACGACUUACCUGGUGUCUGCUGGGAUAUGGUCGGUAGUGGGGGUUAAGAGCUGUAGUGAGGGCUGUGUUUCAUUUUACCCUGAGCACAAUGGCACUGCAAUCUCUGUUGUGGGGGCCAGAAGCACAAGUGGCAGCCCUGAUCAUGGGCUAGGGAGCAUGGCAUCACGGCCAUUGCUUGAUUGCUCGAGGGGUGGAUCACUUGCCCCUGAAUCCACCCCUGCGUCCACAACUGUUCAUCUGGUGGAAAAAUUAUGUAUUUUGGGUGAUUCAGAUUUUGUCUAUCAGGCAUUUCAAUUCAGACGAGUUUUGUCUAUGAUAUUGUUUUGGGACGAAUAAUCAAAAUGGCUUUAAAUUUGCCAAUCAAUGCUCUGCAAAAUAUAAAUAAUAUGUGUAUAUUUUGUAGAACACUGAUAAACUUGCAUUUUUGUGUCACUUGGUUCCCAGAUCAAAAUCAAACCAUCAAUCAUAUUUUAUGGCACUACAGACAGAACUCUGUGAUAGUGUGACCAGGGUCUUCCUAACUCCUUUCUCUAAUGGUAGUUCUGCAGAAUAUGUUGGUGCUAUAUAAAUACUACUACUAGUAAUAAUAAGCAAUUAGCAAGAGACCAUAUUUUGGGCUGCUGGUACAGGAUGGGAGUGCUCUCAAUGUCCUGCACACAUGGAGAUUAGAGUCCUGUCUUCUCUGGAUAUUGCAAAACCGGUCACAAAGCCAACAUGAACUGUACAAUAUAACGUCACUGAUUUAAUCAGAGCCAGCCUACGUUUCUCCAUAAUGCUGGAUCUGUUCCUUAAAUCUGUUAAACGGCAUGACAGUGAUCUUAAUUUCUGGUUAGAGAUGGUUGGACAUGAUCCAGAUAAAACAUUUUUUUUAGAAAGGCCGAGUAUACAAUAGUCCUUUCUAGAGAAGACUAUACACAUUACUUUAGGUGUGAGGUGGAUUUUAAAUAUUACUCAACUAUAAGUGUCACACACAUCAUGGAGACAGGGCUGGUAGGGAAGUACGGAUGAGGUUAUCUAGGCACCCAUUAAGGGACUCUGGGAGUGCCAACGGUGCACAGGUGAAAUACUUGCCUUGCAGCCAAUGCUGGCAACCCAUGCUACGCCACUGCUUGUGAGGACAAUGAUCACCUGUUCAUUGUUGCAAUUCACACACGUGGGGACCGUACACUCUCCAACGAAUAGUAGCUAUCCCACCUGUGCAACCAAGAUGGCCAAUCCCCUUGUAAAUGCAGAUAUGAAAAAUAAAGGAUCUGGCCACUUCAGCGGUCAUGACAUUUCUACCACGCUAUGUGAUCUUUAUCAGAGGCCCGCUGAAGUGCCUAACUCCUUUAUUUUUAAUUUUUGCAGGCAUUAAGAAUUAACUUUUAAAAGAUAAUCACGCCAUAUUGUACCAUUCUACUUUGUAUAUUCUAGUAAUGGAAGGAUUGUGUUUCUGUAGGGAAAGUUACCUGUGCUGCUUUUGGGUCGCUCUGAGGAACUGCGUGCUGGAGAAUUUGUGGUUGCCAUCGGGAGUCCCUUUUCCCUUCAGAACACUGUUACCACUGGUAUUGUGAGUACGGCUCAACGUGGCGGGAAAGAGCUUGGCCUGCGGAACUCGGACAUGGAUUACAUCCAGACUGAUGCCAUCAUUAAUGUGAGUGUGUAAGCCAUCAUUUAACCCUGCAUCCUCCCAUCCCCCCAAAAAACAAAAAUCUACUGUGCUUUUAACAUUACCAAAAACUAUUAGUCAGCUUUCAGAAUUCUGCAUUUCAGCUGGAAAUAAUGGUGGCUUCAAUGACGAUGACUCGGAGCUCAGUCUCUAGUCGUGGUUUGAAUGCUGACCUUUUCUGCCCUCUUUUUCAGCUUUGGAUGACUGCCAUUGUAGAACGGAAAAAAGCUGCACUCGCAAUAAUUUACACUGCAUUAAUCUGAGACAGCCACAAAACACUUUAGGGUUUGUUUUCUAAAUAGUGAGUUGAAAGGAUUUGAAAAAAACAUAUUUUGUUUUAAAUUUAAGUAAAAAAAUAAAUAAAAAGAAACUUUAGUUUCUAAAUUUGAGUUUCAGUUCAUCUUUGUUCUUAUUUAAGGAUAAAACACUUUUGUAAAAAAUUGGUGCAGUGUCACCAAUAGGGUUGACAUCACAUGGCUUCUAAAAUGGCAGGAAAUGGAAACAACAUUGGUGGCUGACAGGGAGCCAAUAUGGAGGUAUCCAGUUUCAAGAUAGAUGUGUAGACAUCUACAUGUAAUUUUAGUUUUCAGACCUCGCUAAAUAUAAGGGAUAUAUAAACAUAAUAUGAAAAUCCUGGGCAGUGAUAGUUUCCUUUUAAAGGGUAAUUCCAAGCACCAUUACCACUUCAGUGAUUUGAAACUCCUCUCUGAUCAGGAAGAGGCUCAACCAAUCCCAUGCCUGUCUUCCUGUUCUGCAGGAUAAGUACUUUAUCCCAUCACAUAGAGUGGAAUUGUUCAGUAAGUUGAUAGCAGCCAUGCACCUGUAGGUUUAUGCACAGCGUGGUCCACAGAUUGGUGAAGCAAACUGUGUGCAGUGGAUUUUAGAAGCCACCAAUCACGUGUGUGUGUUUCUUACUUAUGUCCAGAGAGUUGUCCCUCUAAGGCUGUCCUUCUGCACAUGUUGGACAGACCUCACACGACAAAAGAGAAAGUAAAACCUUUGACGUGUCAGAGAGUUGCUUUAAGUUACAGUAAUUUUCCAUAUAUGCUGUUAUAGGCCAGCAAUGAUACAAAUGAUGGCACUUAGAGCGAUCAUUUAAGAAACAAAAAUGUGUGAUGGCCCUAAAUGUAAAAGAAAGUAAAAUAUUAAUAAAUAAAAAAACACAAGCAUAAAAUACGAGUUUCUUUAGAUCUGUUGUGCAUCCGUUAAGCAAUGAAUUGUAUUGACAUAAUAUCCCAAAAUAGCAAUAUUGCCAACUCUUUUUUAACCUUCAUUUUUCAUCUUCCUUACGACGUUAAAAUUCAAUGUUUAGUGACUAGCACUCACUGUGCAGUAAAUGAUAAAAGCAGAUAAAUGCCAAGCACCAUAACAACUGCAGCCUCCACUAUCCGUGCUGGAAAGCCAUUAGUUCCUAAACAGGAACUUUGUUUGCUUAGCUGAUUAAUCAGUAUUAUUAUCGGGUAGUUACUUUAAAGAUUGUUCAAUGGAUUCAAUCAAUCAAUAUAUAGUGCAAGCCAAGACUGGCCACAAGACAGAUCAUUUGCCGUCUUAGAACUGGAACUAUCUUAAUGCAUAUGCAUCCUAAAACAAACAUCAUGGGAAUUCUAAUUCGGGGGAUCCCAAGUAGAUAAUCUACCAUUUGCCAGCUCUGGUGUUAAAGCUUUGACCCCAUAUGCAUAUUAUAGAUAGGGCAGUUUGAGCACAGAUUAGUGUGUAUUGUGUGGUUCUAGGGUGUUUCAAAGGCAGACCCCUUACUUGGUGUAAUAGAGGUUUUAAUGUUGGCCACCUGUGAUGUAGAUUACAAUAAAUAUACACCCUAGAACAGGGGUAGGCAACCUUUUAGCAGCACUGUGCCAAUAUAGGAUUGUGAUGUCCCGUAGCGUGCCGAUCCUAUUUUUUUAAAUUGAGGUAUGUAUGCUGCCAUAUUCUGCUUGUUAUUUAUACUGUAACUGCUUUGUAUUGUUGUAUUUGUGCGUAUAUGAGCUAUUAUAUUGUAUAUGUUCAGGAGUAGUUUGUGGUAUCAUGUAUGAUACAUAUGAAUGUGGGCUGUGUAUGGGGGCUGCUUGUGGAAUUGUGUGUAUGUGAAUGGAUAUGUCACAUUUUGUGUUUGGUAGUGUGUGUAUGUGUGGGGGCUGUUUGGGGUAUUGCAUGUGAGAGGCUGCAUGUGGGGUUGUGUGCAUGUAUGUGGAUUCUUAGCGGGUUAUGUUUGUGCGGAUUGUAUGUAGUCUUCUGGGCUAUUCGUAUUAUUUGUAUGUAUUAUCGUAUUAUGUGCUGCAAUGCAUAAAUUGAGGAUUGUCCUUCACCACCUUUUCGUAUUAGCAGAUAUCUGAAGUUUCACUGGGACUCCUGAUAGGCCAGAGCCUGUUUGGCUGUAGCAGCCUUGAGUGCCGUGCAAAGACACCUUGAGUGCUGUGCAUGGCACUAGUGCCGUAGGUUGCCUACCUCCGCCCUAGAACCACACAAUACAUACUAUGUACUGUGCUCAAACUGCCCUAAGAUGUUCUAUUGAUAACCAAAACCAACAGCAUGUACCAUGUAUUUUAUGUGUAGCAUACAUGUGUGCUUUCAUUUGAUAUUUCAUGUUAGUUGGCAAGUAUUGUACACAACGCAUUCCUAGACUUUCUGCCCGCGAGGGUAAUAGGAAACAGUUCUCGAAUUUGGACAUGUGUUUAAGUUUACAAAUACAGAUGGUUAAUCCGACUUCACUCAUAACACAUUCCCCCUACAGCCAUAAUCACAAACACUGGGCACCUAAAAAAAAAACCUUUUAUUAGAUUUACAAAUAAAGAACUUAUUUGAAUAGUUUUUUUCUCGUGGAGCUAAAUUUUGACUUGUGUUGACCUGACAACGGAGUGGUAUAAUUUAAACCAAAAUUGCUUUAUUGGAAAGAGUCACUGUUGAGUGAAUAAGCCCCUAUUUUCAUAACAAAUAAGCAACAUCUUGAAAAAGUCUCAAAAGAAUGAGACAGUUGCGUUCUGUUUACUCUGGCUGUUUUAGUGCGGGAUUAAACAAAAUCAGUGAGUAAUGUUUGUGGGUAACAGUGCGUUUAUUUGCCUUGCAGUAUGGGAAUUCUGGAGGUCCUCUCGUGAAUCUGGUAAGAGCUCUCUGUCACCCCCUCCCUGCCCUGCGGUCUAUACUAUCUGUGUGUUCUUUAUUCCUGUGAGAACAUGUUAACUGACUGGGGCUCUGCUGAAGAUUUAUUCUAGCGGCACAGCAAUUAUUUCAGCACACAAGUAUGUAUCAUUGGCAAAAGUAAUAAAAGGGUUGAUGGUGUGUUCGGAGGGGCUUACUCAUUGAGUGCUAAUGAUGAAUUGAAGGAAACUUACAUGAAAGGAACGUAUAAUUGGCAGUGUCUAGGGAAAAGCUUUAGUCACAGACUACAAAAUGAAUGUCAUUCUCACGCAGACCCCUGUGAUAGACAGUCAAACCUCCAUGUACCUCAAACGUAUUACUAUUCAGGAUGUAACGGUCUAUCAGUUGUUGGAUGUAAGCAUUGCACAGUCCACUCCAUGAAUCUUUGGAGUAGAAUUAUACAAGUGUAUUUAAAAUAAUAGUGGUGCAAAGUUCUAAAAGUGCAGCAGUCACGAUGGAAACUAUUUGACUCCACAAGCGUUUCCAUUGCAACUGCCUAAAACACACAUACACUCACACACACUACGGCCAAAGUUCCGAAUUGCACUAAUCCACAAUAACAUUCCAUGGAGAAUGCUGCACUGUAAGAAGAUUGCCCCAGAGAGUCGAGAAAAACAACCACAUUCAGAGCAAUAUAAUCUGCAUUAAGGACACAUGUUUAACCUAACAGUCCUUCCCAGAUACCCAGCUUUGUUGCUGCUCAUUAUAAUCUUCUAAUGAUGUGAUUUGUACCUGUGCUGCUGGCAAUAGCACCACAUUUCUUGUGAAACAUCCUCGAUCAGACAAAUUCUCUUUAACGAGGAGAAAUUAGUAUUUUCUUGCUGAGAAAUGGAUGACUCUAGAAAUAAGAAGAGAGUGAAAUCCGUUGAUUCCAUAAUAAGAUGCAGGUGUUGAGGGAUAACGGGCUUCCCUAACGUUAAAAACGACAGCUCAUGGAGGGCGGGGCCUGGCCGCCAUACUGAGUGGUCGCAUGGUCGGUUAGCUCCUCUCUUAACCUUUCUAAAAGGACCAAAUCAAGGGCUCACCGACGCUUAAUCAACACUAGCUGUGUCCCAAGAUUGCUGAGAGACUACCGGACCUUUACCAGAGCGAUCGUGUGACUCGCAGGGACUGAGAUCUGAAUCUUGAUAAUUGCGGCCCGGCGAGACCCGAGCGGGAGGGACGGCAGACUUCCUGGAUGAGAAUCAAACUGACUCUACAGCGGUCUGGGUCCCGUUUCUAUCCCCUUCCUCCCCCUCCUCUGGACCGGCGAGGGAUAUCCCGGUCCCCACUGGCCCACAGUUCAUGCUGCCGCCAACCAUGGCAGUUGCAUCAGUUGAGUGCCAACAACUAUCGCAAAUCGCAAGAUGGCGGCUAUACUCCCUCAGGGUGAACUCAGAAAUAAGCAGCCUGAAGUGCUACAGCCCAGCCCCACAGAACAAUCUUGGCAGCGGCUAGAGGAACUCAUUGACAGGUUCUGGGUCUCUUUGGAGGCAUGUCCGCAGCCCUCAUUGUCUCAGGGGAAUCGUGAGAUUCACCUGUAGCAAUAGCCGUUGUGCCUCAUGUUGCCCUCUUGACCACAAUAAGCCUGACUAGCAGUAAGCUUCCUAUACUUGAUCGUUAUGCCUAAGUUAACCAUUUCAUUUUAUUCUUGUAUAAAUAGCUAGAUGCAGCCAUACUGAAUAUGCCAGUGGUUUUCAAUUCUAUUUUCUGGUCAGCACACGUUUAGUUAAUUUUUGUACAAAUGUGUUGGUACCUCAUGUACUAAUCUUUAGCCACGUGUCUUAACUCCAUCUAAGGAUAGCAGCGUAUAUUUUGACCGCUGUUAGGACACGUCUGACCAAUAUGUUUAUAUACCCUCUUAAAGAAAAUAAACCGCAUUCUCUACACGUCAUGUUUCAUGCUCAUCAUCUUUCGUGGCUCACUUAAUUAUGUGUGACAUGUUUACUCAAAUCUAUGUGUUAUACCCCUGCAUGACAAAAAUAAAGAUUUAAAAAUUAAAUAAAUAAGUGACAGUUCCUGAUUUUUGUGUAUGAUAUUUUUUGUGUUUGUUUUUACGCACUGCAUGCAUGUUCAAUUUGCAACAUGAGAUUUAUUUUGCUACAGGAUGGAGAAGUAAUCGGUAUUAAUACACUGAAGGUCACCGCUGGGAUCUCAUUUGCUAUCCCAUCAGAUAAAAUCCGGAAGUUUCUGGCAGAGUCACAUAACCGGCAAUCAACAGGUGAAAUGGCGUUUGAUAAAAGCAGUACCAGAUCAUUAUUGGGUUAGCUAGGGCUGCCAGACUAGCCUAGGCUCCUGGGUGUUUUUAAUAUCAUAUUGAGAGAUACUAUUAGAGAUCAUUGUACUAAGUUAGUAGUUCUUCCAGUAGUAAACGCUGUAUAACUAACCUGUCUAUAGCUAUCCGGCAUCUAACAAAUACUACAAUGUCUUUGUUUUUCAAGGUCAAGGUAUAAAGAAGAAAAAAUAUUUGGGGAUACGGAUGAUGUCAUUGAACCCAGCGUGAGUAUUCUGACUGUAUGUAUAAGUUGUCCUGUCACUAGGGUAGUGCUUCCAGUGAAAAUAGACUCAUGUCUGUGUUUGGCAUAGCAAAUUCUGGAAAAUCUAACCUGCAGUUUUGAAGGCUAAAUUUAUUAUCAUCCAGUUUAAGCUAACUAGAUUCUUAAUGGAUACAAAUCAAAAUCAGUUUGGAGAUAGUGAAGUGAUCUCAAUUUUAAUUUGUUUUUAAUGUACAUUUUUGGCUGAGAAGUCACUUGCCAUGUGGGAACUCCAGCCGCUGUAUCACAGGUUUGAUUCUUGGCAAUGUUAACUAAUCUCUUUGUCCUUUCAAAUUUAGAGGGUGAAUACAUUUGUACCGUUAUGGCCCUUCAACCUUUUGACAUCAAUUAAAUUGGGACAUAAUUCGAAACUGUCGCCAUGUGAAAUAUACUUUUUGGAUUUAUCACUUUAUUACUUAUAUACUCUAGAAUCUAAUGAUAACAAAAAUAAAAUUGUCAAAGGGAACUUUGUAACUUUCCCCUUGCAGCAAAGUGAAAGAGCUCCGGGAGCAGCUGAAGGAUUUUCCAGAUGUGACCUCAGGAGCUUACAUUGUAGAAGUUCUCCCAGAUACCCCAGCAGAAGAGUAAGUAUAUGAUUUCUCCCAGUUUCUUGAACACAAUAACGAUUUACUCAAGAAGGCACUCCAAGACCCAAAACUUACUACAGCACUCUUUAGUGGUUAUGGUAACAGGAGUGCCCUGAUGCCCUCCCAGAGUAAUGUGUCAAACUGUUUUAGGAUGGUUUGACAACUUACCUUAGUCAGCUUGUGCUGGACAGCUGUAGCCCUACUUCCAGAUUCUCCUUGCAGCUGGGUGUCUUUACUACACUAACCUAAUUGGCUGAAAGCAUCAGUUGAGCCCUCUCAGCAUAUGAGCACUCUCCUGUAUCCGACCUGCUUAGGUCUUGGCCUUCAGGAGGAAACCUAAUGUGGCACAGGCACCUGGAGUAUCUGGGUACGUUGUCAAACUACAGUAAAAUGGUUUGACGGGUUACUCUUGGAGUAUUCCAGGGCACUCCCGGCACCAUAAAUACUGCUUUAGCACAGUCUUGGUUCUGCUGUGUGCCUGCACCACAUUUGGUUUCUCCAGCAGGAGAAACUGAAUGUCAUUUUAGAGCAAAGGGAGUCUGCGUAACUUUGCUCUAAAAUUACAUCAUGCUGGAGAAGACUGGGUGUAGUGCAGCUAGGUGACAGCACUUCACUACGUUCUCAAACCUUACAUAAAAGUGACAUGUUACCAUGGCAUGGCGCAGUGGGCUGUAGGGUUUAUGGUGCUUGGAGUGUUUCUUUAAGUAAUCACCUUGCAAUCUGAUAGUAUAAACUUGACAUGUCCACUAAACGUAAUCACUAGUGCUUAUAGGUUCUAUAGAACAAACAACUUGAUUUACUAAAUGGCAAUAAAACAGAUGUAUACUCAGCAGUCAGUAAAAAUGUCUGUAAUAUUUACUAUUGCAAACCGAUUUGAUUCACUAGAUUUAGGGUCGGCACUCCUGGGGGUGCAACCAAGGUAGUUGUGCCAGGACUCACCAAGCUGAGACUUUGCUAGUGUGACUAGAAUUCCUGAUUCAUUUAUUAUGGAGAUCAGUGGGCACAGACUGGUCUCUAUGGUGGCAGUACCAGAAUAAAGGAAGCAUGGAGUGCAAACAUGGCUCUCCAUUCAUUCUUUAUUCUGGCGGAAAUGAGUAUAAUAAAAUAAUUACUGCGCCAUCAUCAUAUAUCCCAGCAGGCAUUGGUUUUCUUGACCUGCAAAACAAAAACACUCUGGGGUCUAUUCACUCAAUGCCAGAUUUGCUUUUGCAAUUUGCCUGUUUGCAUUUGAUUGUUAAAAGAGCAGAAUGGAUCCCUGCUACUUCCCAAUGGAUUUCAUUGCUGCAAAUAAGCGUAUUAGAAAAUAGCUCAACCAAAUUGCACUUGAAACAUUCAUUUUGUUUGUCUGAUUUGUUCAUUGCAAAGAGCUGAAAGUCUGUAAAGUUUGACAAUAAAUCAGAUUUUCAAUGCGGGCUGAAUCAUUUUGAUCCAGCUGUAUAAUGCUACUUUUGUUAGGUGUUAUUAGAAUGCUGUGUUAAGACGCCUUGAACUAAAACACUUCCUUAAACUACAUGUGUUUUAUGACUUUUUGUUUGUGUCUUCCAGAGCUGGGUUAAAGGAGAGUGAUGUUAUUAUCAGUAUUGGUGGCAAGACUGUCACGUCCAGUAAUGAUGUCAGUGAUGCGGUCAGACAAGAUGGCAUCCUUCGCAUAGUGGUACGGCGUGGCAACGAAGACAUAGCAAUCACAGUGACACCAACAGAAAUUGAUUUAUAAGGAGACAUGAGCUGGUUUCGUAGUCCUCCACUCGUUUGGCCCCUACCCCUUUAAUGACAAGCCUAGUGGGAGAAUGAGAUCAGUAAACAAUGAUAGGGCUAUCUGGGUUAUUUACUAAAUCAUGGAUUUCACAUUUAAGGCCAUAUUAGAAAAUUCUCUCCAGUUAAGGUACUUUUGGUUAUACUUUGCAAUUCCUGGUAUAGUGAAUAAUGAAUUAAUAGUUUAAUAGCCAGUUUUACCAAGGUACUUUACUUUACCUGACUGAAUGCUCUUCCUGGGCUGCUUUAUAAAGAGUUGCGAUCACCCUUAGAUAAUAAAACAUCAUUGUGCUGGGUUUCAUUGGUGUGAAAACUUUGCUUAAAUAAAUAAUUUUUUUUUUAAAG